AUGGUGAACGCAUUGACAAACCUGCUAAUGGUCGGGCAGAUAUUCCACAGCUGCUGCCACUCUUCAGCUUUUGUUUGGCUCUAUGGGAAGAAGCACCACCCUGAGAGCCAAAACCAUCCAAAAGAUCUGUUUCCUACUCUUUCCAGCAAGGGUGGCCCAUUAUAUGCAGCCUUCACGCAGCAGGGUUUGCAGGGCAUCAGCGGAGAGGCUGUCAUCGGGGGCUGGGAAGCUCAGGGAGUCGUUCAGGGUGCUGGGAAGCUCAGGGAGUCGUUCAGCGUUAUUCGUCUGAUCAUGCAGUACCUGAAGGAAAACAGCUUGCAGCGGACUUUAGCAACGCUCCAGGAGGAGACCACGGUGUCUCUCAACACAGUGGAUAGUAUUGAGAGUUUUGUGGCAGAUAUCAACAGCGGUCACUGGGACACUGUGCUUCAGGCUAUACAGUCCCUCAAACUCCCUGACAAGACCCUCAUUGACCUUUACGAACAGGUUGUUCUUGAGCUGAUUGAGCUUCGAGAGCUGGGAGCUGCCAGAUCUUUGUUGAGGCAGACGGACCCCAUGAUCAUGCUGAAACAAACCCAGCCUGAGCGAUACAUCCACCUGGAGAAUCUUCUAGCACGCUCUUACUUUGACCCCAGAGAGGCCUAUCCUGAUGGCAGCAGUAAGGAGAAGCGUAGAGCAGCUAUAGCUCAGGCUCUUGCUGGUGAGGUCAGUGUGGUACCACCGUCACGUCUGAUGGCUCUGCUUGGACAGUCUCUGAAGUGGCAGCAGCAUCAAGGUCUUCUGCCUCCCGGUAUGACCAUUGAUUUGUUCAGAGGUAAAGCAGCUGUGAAAGAUGUCGAGGAGGAGCGAUUCCCCACUCAGCUGGCCAGACACAUCAAGUUUGGUCAGAAGUCUCACGUCGAGUGCUCACGCUUCUCUCCUGAUGGCCAGUAUCUGGUUACUGGAUCUGUGGAUGGAUUUAUUGAAGUAUGGAACUUCACUACUGGAAAAAUCAGAAAGGAUCUGAAGUAUCAGGCUCAGGAUAACUUCAUGAUGAUGGAUGACGCAGUGCUGUGCAUGUCUUUCAGUCGGGACACAGAGAUGAUGGCCACAGGAGCACAGGAUGGCAAGAUUAAGGUGUGGAAGAUCCAGAGUGGCUUACUUACCAUUUUCUGCAUAAAAUGUGCUAUAUUUUAUUUUUGCAGUAGGAAGGUGUGGAAGAUCCAGAGUGGCCAGUGUCUGCGGCGAUAUGAGCGUGCUCACAGUAAAGGUGUCACCUGUAUCAGCUUCAGUAAAGACAGCAGUCAGAUUCUCUCUGCAUCCUUCGAUCAGACCAUUAGGAUUCAUGGAUUAAAAUCAGGCAAGUCUUUGAAGGAGUUCAGAGGUCAUUCUUCAUUUGUGAAUGAUGCCACACUUACUCCUGAUGGUCAUCACAUCAUUAGUGCCUCAUCUGAUGGAACUGUGAAGGUCUGGAACGUGAAGACCACAGAAUGCUCCAGCACAUUCAAGUCUUUGGGCACGUCUGCGGGAACCGACAUCACUGUUAACAACGUGAUCCUGCUUCCGAAAAACCCUGAGCAUUUUGUUGUGUGUAACCGAUCCAACACUGUUGUCAUCAUGAACAUGCAGGGCCAGAUUGUGAGGAGUUUCAGCUCUGGUAAGAGAGAGGCACCGUGGAACCCAAACUAUGCCAAACGUAGCACUAAACUCUUAAAAUGCACAUUUGAUGCUGUCGGAUUCACUUGA